UCGGAAUUUGGGGAAAAAUUCCCACCCCUAACUAAGAUGUCUACUUGAAUAUGAGAAUUGCGUGUGCAAAUUUUGAAUUGGAUAAUCCGUACUCAAUUUUUCUGUAUUCUGCAUCCGAUCGCGGAUUCUCGGUCUAUGGAUCUUCAUUCAAUCCCAUCCACAAUUUUGAGAUUUCAUGUUUGUUUCUAGACGUGAUUACAAUACUUCGUGCUUCUUGGCACGCGUAUAUAUGUGUAUAUAUAUAUUUGUUUCUGUGGUUUCAAAUAAAUUUGUCUAGCUGGUUUGGUUGAUGGGUUUCAUGGAUUGUGAAGUCCUUCCAGGAUUGAAUGACCCGGCUCUAUGGGCAACGGAGGAAGACUAUAGAGCCUUGAAUGACGAUAGGUAUGAGCCCCCGAUUAAGAAAUCCAGAAACUCACAGGGCUCAGAAUCUCACGUCAUAGUCCCAAGUAGAUCCAAAGCCAUCGGAAAGGUAUUCUUCAAGACCAAACUGUGUUCCAAGUUUCGUGCUGGGGUCUGUCCCUAUAUCACCAACUGUAGCUUUGCUCAUGGGCUGGAAGAGCUUCGUAAGACGCCACCUAAUUGGCAAGAGACGGUCACUGAUCAUGAGACAUUGGAGCACCGGAGAGAGGAACACCGCCAGAUUCAGACCAUGAGUUCCCCUGAAUUGCGGGCCGAGUUCCACAGGUCUCACAAGGGAAGGCACUGCAAGAAGUUCUAUACAGAAGAGGGAUGUCCUUUUGGAGAUAGCUGCACCUUCUUUCAUGAUGAGCAGUUGCGGUCUAGGGAGAGUGUGGCCAUUAGUGUGACUCCCACCGGGGGAGACUUUGGUAAUAAUAUGAAUAACCCAACGGCAGUGUACCAAAAGCCAAACAACUGGAAGACAAGGAUUUGUAAGAAGUGGGAAACUACUGGCUAUUGCCCUUUUGGCAAUAAGUGUCAUUUCGCUCAUGGGGUAGCAGAGCUGCACAAUUUUGGUAGAGCACAAGGGGAGGGUGAAGGCAACGGGUCUGCUUCAGGAAUAAAUCCAGGGGGAGGAUCCUUAAAGCCACCGGUAGAUCUAAAGAUAGCCUCGGCCACAUAUGCUCUCAGUAGUAAAACGUCUGAGAGGAGGCCUAUCCACAAAUGGAAGGGACCUGAUAAAAUAAGUAAGAUAUAUGGCGACUGGAUAGAAAACAUGGACUCGUAGAGGGUGAAACUGGAUCUUGAACUGAGGGUCUUAAGUCCUCGAGUUGCAAAUAAAAUUUCGCACUUUGAUGAACCGGCCCAUUUCUUGUGAGUUGGAGCUGAAGUUGAUAACUUGAUAUUCCUCUUCAUGAGGUUUUCCAACUAUUUUGUUGGUGUAUGUAGUUUAUGUACCAUGGAGUUGUAUCAGCAAAAAAACAGCUGUCUUUUUUCAUUACUAUCUAACUAGCUUUCAAGCCUGUGCGAUGCACGGGCAGUAUGUAAUUUAGCUAAUUUGAAAUUUAAUUUCUAUCGGAUCACAUAUAAUGUGAUUUAAAAGAGAAAUGAACUUAGUCUAAUAUAG